UAUCUACCUACUUCAUGUAAGGAAAGUGUGUUGGAUUUACUAAGUACAAACCAUCUUGUAUCUAUUGAAGACAUAAUGGUAGCACUGCUGACAAAAUUGAUAAACAUGCUUCAAGUUUUUCAUGACAGUGAUCUGAUCCUAGGUGACUUCAACCUCUCCACAAUUUAUGUCUUCAAUUAUCCUGACAUCUCAGUACUUCCAGUUUCUUUGGGACAAGUUCAAACUUCCUCUUCCAACUCAGAUGUGAAUGUUAAAUACAAAGCAGAUGACAUUUCAUCCAAAAGGAGUACCCCAAAGAAAUCAUUAGCAAACAAGACGUCAUUUGAUGUGUAUGUCUUUGGCAAGUUUCUUGAUGAACUUCUCCAAGUAAUCAAUUCUGGUGAACAUAUCUAUGAAACUCUCCCUAACAACCAGCAUGCUGCAUUAUAUGAAGCUGGAUCAGUAUGGUUACAAAACAUUGCUGUUUUAAUGAUGGAAUGUUUGCAAGAAGAUCCAGUUAAACGUCCAACUCUAGCUGAGAUCAAAAGUUCAUUGCUUCAGCUUCAUGUCAGAGGUGAAAGAUCAAACAUACAAGAAAUCAAUGAAAAAUUGCUUAAAUCCCUAGAAAAUAGAGAGGACAAUGAAAGUGUGUAUGCCUCAGUUGACAAUAUUGGCACUGUGAAUCGUAAGCCAUCCAGGCCUCUCCCACCUGUGCCAAAAGAUGUAGAGGCCCAGCAUGAGACAACUGGACCUGAACUACAACCUAAUUCAACUUUCAGUGUGCAUCAAAUAACAGAUUUCAAUGCACAUCAAAUAACAGAUUUCAGUGCACAAAAAAUAAACCAGACUGAGCAACCACAUGAAUUAAAUGAUUUAAAAGAAACUAAAGUCCAGGGUGCACCAGGUGACAUAAAACAAUAUGCAUUUAGUGAGAUACCUUAUGAUAACACCGACGACUUAACAGACCUCAACACUCAGAUUUUAAAACAGUAUCUACUAGAGUAUUCUACAUUCAGUGACAUAUCACCUUUUUCAACAUUGUGUUUAUCACCACACUAUGAUGCAGGGGCAGAGAAAGAAAUUAAACCCAACGGCUCUUCAAAUACUGAUACUAUGAGACAAUAUCCUUACAGUGGUGUAAAAACUAGUGAAGGGGAGACUAGGUCAAGCAGAGCAUCUGAUAAAGAAAGUUUGAAGUCUACUUCUUUCAGUGUUACGGAUACUAAGAAAGAACUUACACCAAGCAAAAUAUCAAGAACUGAAACUCUGCGAACAUUUGAAAAUGCUAUUCCAGAGAAUUUAGAAGAAGAAUUACCUAUCACUUUAUCAAGAAUAUCUUUUGAUUACAGUGUUCCAGAGUCCACAGAGAAAGACCUUGAAUGCAGGAAUUUAGAGACAUUGGAAGAAAUGGCAUCUAACUGUACAUCCAGUAUGGAAACCAUAGGGUAUGCUUCUCACAAUAUUCAAAAGACUGGUCAAGAAUUUAAAACAUCAAGAGGCUUAUAUCCGGAAAGGAAGAUUUGUGUUAAUUCAGCAAGAGAAGAAAACAAGAAAGAAAACAAGAAUGAAUUUCAGAAAAUUGGAAAGGGCAAGUUUCAAAUAAAUCAUAAAGAAAAAAUCGCCAUGUCACAUUCUUUCGUCAUGAGUAUAUAAUCUUUUUUUAAUUAAGGUUGUUUGAUAUUUGUACUUUCCAUUUUAAAUGUGUUUAGUUUUAACAGGAGCACUAGACUGCUAACCCGAAAGUCCAAAUCUGGGUUUAAGUCAGCAGAUUGUCCCUGAGUCCACCCAGUUUUGAUGGGUACCUAGCUCAAGUUAGGGAAGGUAAAGGCGGCUGGGCAUAUUGCUGAGCACAAUAUCCCUUCACAUGCCGAGGUCACAGAAACAGGUGAACUCUACUUCAUUUGCCCCAUGAAAUGUCAGAUUCAAAAAGAGUUUUAACAAGCCAGUUUCAAAAAGUUAAUUAGUAGGCCUAUCUCAUACACUGUGCACAUAAUUUAAGAAAUUAAAUACUUGUUUGUCUAUCCUUUUUAUCAUUUACAAUAGAAAGUUGUUGGUAGGAUGUAUUUCAUUUCAGUAAUUUUUUUUAUUCAAGUUAUUUCCAUUGGUGGUGUGCACAAAACAUUGUUUUUAUAACCAUGAUUUCAUCUUUUAUUAUUUUCUGUAAACAUUUCUAUUGUAAAGAAACAAAACAAAAUGAAGUAAGCCUUUACUUCAACACUUAUAUUGUAACAAGUUCAAAUAAA